AUGAACAACCAACCUAAAGACAGGGCACCAAGUGCCCCUUUUGUUUCUGUACAAGGUGAAGAUGGCUCUGAAGGAACAAGACUUGUAGGAGAGUUGAUAGAAAACAGGCUUGAUGCAAAUGAUUUUGACAAAAUUCAGAACCUUUUUGUGUCUCCAGAGUUAAAUCCACCACAAUGCAUGAGCAGAGAAAAAUUCAUGGAAAGAACAUAUGCUGCCGUUGGCCAUGGCACCAAAGAAGAAUAUGGGGAAUUGUUUGACAAGAUAGAUGUGAGUCGUGAAGGUUUCAUUGACUGGGACAAAUUUACAUCCUUCAUGCUUCUUGAGCUUUAUGAGAAGGAUGAACGAGUAAAAUCAUCUGUAAUCCCCCAGUGGAAGGAUAGUCGUAGUCUACCAUUAAUUCAUAAGGAAAACAUACAAAGCAUAGCUUAUUGGAAAGGCUCCUGUCGUUAUGUAACUCUGAGUAGAGAUGGAUUACUGGGAAUCUGGGGAGAGAAUUUAAAACUACAAAGAAACCUUCGGAUCAGCACGGAUACAGUCAAACUUAAAGAUUUAUGGGCUACCAGCUUGGUGCUUAUGACCAAUGUAAACAAGGUUGCAGUUGCAUUUACAAGUAAAGAAAUAUGUUUCUAUGAUGUUUCCCCAAAACAAGAUCUAUUUUGCCAAUAUAAGCUCCAAGGUCUUCAAGGAACCCCAAUAUGUAUGGACUAUUGGUAUGAUCCAGAUGAUGCCAAUGAGGCUGUUCUUACAAUUGGGAAUGUCACUGGAGAGGUUCAGGCCAUCUGCUACUCAAAAGCUACCAUAACAUUGUUUGAAAAACCUGCUAAUUCCACAGAUGAUCAGCAAACUACUGUGUAUAUUAACUGGAAUGACUUAUUGGCUGGUUCUCAUACAUGUUGCUCCAUCUUAAAACAUAAAAUUCAUGAUAACAGCUGGAUUAGACAAGUUAGUUACAGUUCUCAUUUGGAAGUUUUUCUGUCUUGUUCCACAAGUGACAAAAACACUUUGAUAUUGGCUUGGAGAGAAAAAGGCAAGACUCAUUUGAAGAUCUCGUCUCUGAAUAUUUUGAAGGGCAUUAAUGGUUUUGACUACCAUCCAGGACUAAAUAUAAUUGCUACUGCUGGCAUAAACCACAAGAUUUGUCUUUGGAAUCCAUAUGUUGUAUCUAAGCCAACUGGAGUCUUAGAAGGUAACAUGGCCAGCGUCAUCACUGUUAAAUUUAUUGUGGCCCGGAAACAGCUCUUUAGUUUUUCCAAAGAUAAGGUUUUGAGAAUAUGGGAUAUUCACCAUCAAAUAUGCAUUCAAAGAAUAGCUGGAAUUUUCCCCAAAACUCUUGAGUUUAACUCUAUUUUCUACUUCUAUGAACCUCAUGGUCGUUUAUUUUUAUCCUUCAAUAAUCAGUUGACUUUAAUGGAAAUGAGGAAAGAGACUUUCAGAAGAAUUACAAGUCAUGACAAACCUGUAACCUGUGUGCUCUACAACUCUGCCUUUAAGCAGGUUAUCAGCUCUGAUACUGGGUCAACGAUUACAUUCUGGAUGAUAGACACUGGACAUAAAAUCAAACAGUUUUCAGGCUGCCAUGGCAAUGCAGAGAUUAGCACCAUGGCUCUAGACAUUAGUGAAACAAGGCUUUUAACAGGGAGCACAGAUGGAACCGUGAAGAUUUGGGAUUUUAAUGGCCAUUGUCAUCAUAAAUUAAAUGCUGGAAGAGGUCAUGCAGUUGAAAUUUCUCAGAUACUGGUCCUGAAAAGAACUAUAUUAGUUGUAGGAUGGGAAAGGAUCAUCACUGUUUUCCGACUGAAUUCUUUAAAUCAAUACCUUGUUCAGCCAGCAGAAUGGAAUGGUGGGGUACUGCACCAAGAUGAUAUCUUAUGUGCAGCAUUUUUAUCUCCACAGUGCCUGGUCACAGGAAGUUAUGAUGGAGAAAUGGUGGUUUGGAACAACAGUACAGAAAAUGCUUCCCGAAGACUUAUUCCUGAUGCUGGAAAGACUAUUAAAUCAAAAUCAGAUUCCCAGGUUCAAAGUGCUGGGAGAAGAAGCUUGUCUUCCAGAAGAUAUACCCGUUCAAUGAGCAGCUUCUGUGACACUAACUCAGAGAGCAUGAAUACAAUAACAAGACUGUUCUUCCUUGAGGCAAGGAAAAAUGUCUCAGCGACAGGUGGAGCAAAUUUGGUAUGCUGCGGAGGAUCUGGCUAUGUGAGACUUUGGAAUAUAUUUAGAAACCACUUAAUGGCAGAGUUUGUAGCUCAUGAAAGAGCAAGUUCCAUCAUUAUGACUAUUGAUAAAGAAAACCAUUAUAUCAUUACUGGGGACCUAGAUGGAUGUCUUAAAAUAUGGGAUAUUGAGGGAUACUGCACUGACUACAGUGAAAACAAGACUACAAGCCCUCCUCUACUUGUGACUUCUUUCCAUCCUCACAUUGACUGCAUCACACAUCUGGAAACAUGUGCACACAAUGGGCGUCAACUUAUACUCUCAGCAUCUGCAGAUUGCAGCAUAUGUGUUAGUGAUAUAUUUGGAAUAUCUAUUGGCAUAUUUGGGCAGGAGGAACACUGGAGGAUACAGGAACAUUCACAGUUACAUGUAACUGAUAAUAUAUUAGAAAAUCUAGAGGAAGACAUUAAAAUAGCUAAAGACGUGCAAAAAGAAAGAUCAGUUACUUAUACUAGGAACGAAGAGGCGUAUCCCGGAGCCACCGCACAUCCUGACACUUACCUAACAGAUCAACGCUUAGAAGAUAAAAAUGAUUUAUCCUACAAGCUUAGCCCAUGGGAAAAUACAAUUUUAGGUAAAAAAUACAGAGAAAGGGGAAUAAAGGAAAAGCUACAUACAAACUUGCAGGAUGAUUUAAUCCCAAAUUCAUUUGGUACAUUCAGUCUGUUAAACUUGGGAAUUCUCAAGGACACUAUUGAAGUGAACAAACCAGACUUUUUUCUAAACCCUGACAAGUACUUUGAAGACAAUUCAGAACAGAAGAAAUCUACUGAUUUAAAGUUAUCAACCCUUUCAGCAACUCUGAAAGCUGUGUUUGAUGAGGGAAGUCUCUUCCCAAGAGAAAUUUUGGAACGUGAACGAAAAGCAAAGCAAAUGAAUGAGAAAACCAAGAUAAAAAGAAACAAGAAAACCGCACAACUAAAGGAAAAGUAG